AUGGCAGUGUUCGGGCGCAAGCUGUCGGCCGACAGCGACGCCGCGAGCUUUGGCGAUGUGCAGGACCCACAUGUGUACACCUAUACCGAUGACGCUGGUGUGUCUCGGACGGGGGCAGUCGGGCCCAUGGCGCACAAGCACCAUGUGGCCGCUGCCCUCAAAUCGCGCAAGGCGCAGCUCGAGCCCGAAUACGCAGCCGCCGUGCUCCGCUGCUACAUCUACGCCAAGGUGACAAAGGGCAGGGGCGAGGAAGCGAUCGAGGGCAAGCUUGAUGUCUUGGAGCGUGAAAUGGCAGUUGCGAGUCAGAGACCACACCUCAAAGCAGCCUUCACCACCGUGCGCCGAGAGCAAGGCCUGUUCGUGUCGACGCCGACGCCAGCCAGCCCGCCCCUCCUCGAGCCGCUGCCGUCCUUUGAGCCCAUCCGCGCCUCGGGCCUCAUCGCCGGCCUCAGCAUGCCGCCGCGCUCGCAGACGGUCGCGACCGCCGCCAUCACCGUGACGGCGGGUACGAUGAGCAGCAGCAAGAGCAGCAAGCACUACACCCCGCGCGACAGCCUCGCCACCUCGCCACGCUUCGACUUUUCCGCCCCAGCACCGGGCUUCACCCCACUCCCCUUGCUCGAUGACGACAGCAGCGACGGCUCCCCACCAACAGAAGGCCUCACCCACUUCUUCCCGGCCCCGCCGGUCGACGUGCCCUCGGGUCCGGCGCCGAGCCGCGCACCCGUCGUCAGCCCGUCCGCGUCCGCCCUCCCCCGCGUCACGCCGCCCGCUCCCCAUCGGAGCCGCGAGUCGCCGCGCACCGAGCUCCGAGAACAGCCUCAAGCUCGGGGGCCAACACCAGCGCGAAAUGUGACAUCACCCGCAGCGACCCAUCCCCGCCGCCCGCCACCACCACCCCAGUCCCAGUCCCAGCCGUCGGCACCGAUGCAGAUCCAGUACUCGCCCGAAGCCUUGAUACGCUCCCCGUCGUCGCCCAACGCAAACCCCAAACGCUCCCCUACGUCGCCCAGCGAACUAGCCUACCUCGCCAGCGGCCGCCCGUAUCCCGCACCGCCGAAGUGGCACCAGGGCCCACCACAACAGCCGCCACGGCCGGCGCUCAGCCCGCCGUUCGUUCCCCCGGCACGCCCACCACCGCGCCCGCGCAACUUUGGCCCGCCGCCAGGAAUCGCAUCGACGCUCGCCAGGUCCCCGCCACGGUCGACGUCGUUACCGGGCCUCGCGGCGAUCGAGCAGGGCCAGCAGUACUUCCACCCCGCACACCGGCCACAGGGCUCGCUGGGCGGCACAGUCCCCACGCCGUACGGCCACCAGCGGCAGAACUCGAACUCGGGCUCGCAGGGCCACCAGCGCCAGCUCUCUGGCCAGCAGCAGGGGCCGAUGGUCCACUCGCACCAGCGCCAGCUGUCCGGCUCGGCGCCGGCACCAUACUACCCCCAGCAGCACCCGGGUCUCACGUACCAGCAGAACAUGGCCGCGUCGGCGCCAGACCAGCGCUCGCACUCGCGGCAGGCGAGCAACGGCGGCGGCGGUGGAGCCAGCGGGCUGCAGCGCGGCCCCAGUCUGACCGGCCCAGGGCUGCAGCGCGGCCCGAGCCUGACGUACGGGCCCCCGGUGAACGUGUACGCCGACACGACGGCGCAGAUUUCGUCGAUCUUAACAGGACCCGUCGGUGGAGGCAGCGCACGGCGGCCACCCCAACCCGCUCCGGCCCCUGCCCCGGCCCUCCUCCCGCCCUCGCCGCUCCCGAGCGCAGACGACGGCGAGCGCUCGAGUGGCGAAACGGCGCCGACGAGCUACAUCGCCACGCCGCCCAACGCGUCCCCCGACCCCACAGUGGACAAGUACACUUCCCCUCGCCCGGCCCCGCCGUCGCCCAAGGCCGGCGUCCGCGUGGCACCGCCCCAGACGCCGGCGUCGUCGUACCCGACGCAGACGCGCCUCCCGCCGCCAAAGCUCUCGCCGCGCGCGCCGGCACAGCAGGUAUUGCCGCAGCGCAAGUCGUCCCUCCGCCGACCGGCCGCCAAGCCGCGCGCCUCGCCCCCGCCCACGGCGCCGCCGGUACCCAAGGCCACGACGGCGACACCAGCGACGCCGGCGGCGGCGGCGAAAGCAACGUCCCCGCCCAAACGCGACUUCUUCCGCAAGAACUCGGCGUCCUCGCCCCAGCAGCAGCAGCACGCGCUCUACAUCCCCCACUCGCAGCGCGCGCGCCAGGACGCCCCGGCAUACCCCGGUAUCGCGGGCAUGGAGGCGCGCCUCGCGCUCGUCGGGAUGAGCACCGAGCCGGAGGCGAAGCCUGCGCGCAGGUGGGGGAACAAGAUCUGA